AUGUUCAAGCGAUAUAAGUUACGUCCCAAAGUUAUUCGGCCUCUUUCCGUACGUUCCCGAAGUAUUGGAGUGGCCAAACGUAUCUCAGAUGAGUUAGUUAAAAUUCUAGCCAUGUUAAAACACAGUUCAGCCACAGUCCGAUUGCGAGGGGCUAGAGAAGCCGAAAAACUAGCAACGAUAAGUGAAGAUAUGAUCAAAGAAAUUAUGAAAAUGGCCAUUCAUGAUAAGAAAGAAGUUAGAUCUCAUUUUUAUCGAGUAGCCAAUUCACUUCUUUCUAAGGCUCUAACGACUGAACAGAAAGUCUGGGAAGAGUAUUUGUUUCUUUAUCUAUCAGUAGUUACUAAGUGCACAGUUGUUGAUGUCCGGAAAGACGGUUUACAGUUACUAGAUAUGGUAGUUAAGUACUUUCCAGAGAAAACUAACCAGACUAAAGACGAGUUGAUCAAGUGGCUAGUGAAUGACGAGAAGAUUCUGGGUUUGGAUCCUAAAGAAGUCGGUUGGCAUAAAGAGAUUAAGAAACGCAUUGAAGGUCUGCGGAAUUUGAAAAAGACACAAGCUAUCUCUACUCCUUAUUCAUCUACUAUUUAUUUGGGUUAUACUCAUUUGGCCGUUAAUGGCCAAGUUGUGCGUUAUUUUGCCAUGAAAUAG